AUGUUAAAGAAAAUAGAUGAUACUGGGUCUAUCAAUAAGUGGAUUAAGUGGGUGGUACUUCUCUUGGUACUCCGGAGAAACAGGGCCGCGCAGUGGGCGGGGUUUCUUCUGUUGAAUCCUGUGAUCAAAAAAGUGGUCACCAAGGCUCUCACCAAGAGCAAACAACUGGACUCACAUACUGAACCUUCCAUCAACAGAGUGGUGGUAUCACAGUUGUCCAACUUGAUCAGCUCGGGACUCUUGUUUCUGGCGAUCUUGGACAACCCCAAAAUCCCCAGUGAUUAUGGAGUGGUAUAUGUGUUUUCCAACUAUAUAGGGGAACUUAACCCCCCAUCUCACUCCCAGAUCUUGGUGACCCCCAAGUCAUCUCGGUACUUCAAGAUCAGCUACUACAAUUCUCCACGCUUGAGACAAUUGUACAACCACAAGCAGUUUUUGAUCUUCCCCUUGAUAUUUGGACAGAUUUUGUCAAACUACUUGACUCCCACCAGGUACAAGUUGAACCAACGGUACUUGUCAUCCUCGAUCAAGUCCCGGAUAUUGAACCCUAUCUGGAUCAACUAUUCUUUGGGUGUCAACUACCACUCGUUGAAGUGGUUGGGGUUGUUGAAGAGUUACUUUAUUCAUAACUUGGUAUUCCUCUUGCUAUUCGGAGUGCUCACCUUUAAAAAGCGGGUGGUAGACCAUUACUACGAGUUCAAACACAAUGUCUACAAUGCCAACUCGCUCAAAGAUUUGAAGCUGGUGGUGCUCAACUAUGUUUCGUACAUCUUUCACCGGGCCAACUCCAUCACCAAUUUUAUCUACUUACCCAACUUAAUAUCCAUCUUGCUCAUUUCUUUGACGGCUCCUGUGAUGAGGUAUAUUCAUGGCUCAAGACACCGCAAGUUGUUUUUUAAGAGCUAUAUCAAGGUCAUCGGCUUCAUUGCCGGUUUUGUGACGUUGUUUGCCAACUCAAUGGAUUUAAUCCCUGCUUUCAAAUACGCUCUCACCGACUAUGACGAUACUACCGACUCUGAUAAUAUCAGGAGAAUCUCGGACGGGUUCUUCAACGGCUUGAGCUUAUACUUGUUGCGGUUGAUUGUGUUGCAGAAGUGGCGGAUUUUGAAGGAAAACCACCCACUUUUCCAGACUUUCAAAGUCAAAACCUGGGCCAGGUUGGAAAGUUUGGUGUUGUGUGUGGGGAUCUUCAAGUUGAUGAAUUUGAAUGAUUUUUUGAAGAACACUAACGGCAAAGAUUAUGGCACCAAGCAAAACUCAAUGAUAAAGCUAAUUGACCGGAUAAUGUGA